AUGGCAACUUACCUCGAGGAAGACGACUUGCAUGAUUAUGCAAAUGAUGACUACGAUGAAGGUGAUGAAAUCAGUCCAGAAGACGAUGAAAAGAUUCAAGAACUCAUUCCUCAGGUGAAGAAGGAAUUGUCGCAGUACACAGGGUUUACUUAUGAUGAUAUAUACAACGAAAUUUGGGAAUGUUAUAUGGAAGUUGAUGAGGCUAUUAGCUCUUUGAAAAAAAAAUUCAAAAAAAAGCCAUCCAGCAAACCAGCACCUAAAGAAUCCAAACUUGCUGCAUUGGCAAAAAUCAAAAAGUCAAAAUCUUCUUCAGAGGGUAAAGUAGGAUUGAGUGGGCUCGCCAGCAGACUGAAUGGCAAUAAGGAUUUGAAAUCCAUUUCAAUUUUAGAUAGGCUCAGUUUGAAGAAUGAAACCUCAAGCCAGCCCAAAGUUUCAAGAGGCAAUAAUAAUUUAGAUAAUUUGGAACUGAAACCAGAAGGUGGUUCAAAACUUUCAAAGUUGGCUGCCUUACGACUAAAUAAAGGAAGAGGAAUAGCACCACCACAAAAAGAACAAAAGGAAUUGUUGAUCAGCAAGAAAGAUGUGAAUGUAGACACCAGGAAAUUUGGAAUAGGAAAAGAAAUAAAAGAGGAUCUAAUGAAAACAAUACAACCUGCGAAGGAAAAUAUCUUUGAACUUCCUUGUUCAAUUUCCUCAGAUUAUGGUAGUAUAUUUUCCAAAUUUAGCCUCAAGCAUGAGUUAUUAAAGAGCAGCACAAAUUCCUCAUUUUCCAUAAUUACAGUGAAAAACUCAACCAGUAACCCCUCUAUUCAAAAUAAAGUCAAUCAGUUCGAUAAUUUUCUUCAUAGUACUUAUCUACCAGUGACAAAGCUAAAAACUAACGACAAACUUAUAGUUUCAAGUGGAAAUAAGAUCAAGGCCAAUUUUACCAAACCUAGUCCUGAUGAUAUUGUGCUUAGCGCACAAGGUAACCAAGUAUCCAAUUCAAACAAGGAUACUGAAGAAAUCAAAGAGAAGAAGCUUGUGGAGGAUAUAACUGUGGGUGUCAAGAAUCUAAAGAUACCAAAACCAACGAAACCAAAGAAGAAAUUGGAUUUGGAUAGCAUUUUUUCCAAUGAAAAGCCAAAUUUGUCAUUUGCGGUUAUUGGGCAUGUUGAUGCUGGUAAGUCCACUUUGAUGGGAAUGUUUUUAAAAUCUCUUAACAAAGUGAACAAAAAUUUUCUCAAGAAACUUGAGGAUGAAUCAGCAAGGGCAGGUAAGAAAUCUUUUGCCUUGGCAUGGAUAAUGGAUCAAACUAUCGACGAAAGGCAAAGGGGGGUUACUGUUGAUAUUUGUACUACUGCAGUGGAUACUAACGAGGCCAAUUUCAUCAUUAUUGAUGCACCAGGUCAUAAGGAUUAUGUUCCAAGAAUGAUUUCGGGUUUAUCACAGGCAGAUAUUGGUUUGUUAAUUAUUGAUGCCAACUACGAUGGUUUUGAAAGCGGUUUUAGUUAUGAUGGUCAAACCAAGGAGCAUGCUUUGUUAUCAUACUCAUUGGGAAUGAAAAAAUUGGUAAUCGUGAUGAACAAAUUGGACAUGAUCGAUUAUGACGAAGAAAGGUACAAUGAUAUUGAAAAAAGACUAAGAGAAUUUUUGGUGAAUGAUGUUGGCUUCACUCAAGAGCAGUUGAUAUUUGUUCCUGUUUCAGGAAUUGAUGGAACCAAUGUCUCGAAGAAGCCGACCAUUAAGAGUUUGACCAGUUGGUAUCCUAACUGUAAACCAACAUUGUUGGAAAUUUUAGAAAAUGAGGCGAAAGUUUUACAUGCAGCAAAUGAAAGUAGCAAAAGUAUCUUCGAAGAGAAAUUUUUGUUUCAAAUUUCUGAUAUCAGUACAGAUUAUCAUCAAGCCUCAGAAUUUUCUAUUACUGGUAGAGUUAAUUCCGGAUUUAUUCAGACUGGCGAGACUGUGAUUUCUUCGCCAGGUGGUUUGCCAUUGCAGAUCGACUCUAUUAAAACUCCAGAAAGUGAUGCUAGUAAGGAUAUUGAAGUCUAUAAAGAAAGGGAUUGUACAGUAAAAUUUGACAACAAUGUGUUUUUGUUUUUCAAGGACAAGAAAGCAAAGGACGAGUUAAAGAGCAACAUCGAUUUAGUUCGAUCUGGAGAUUUACUUUCGAAAGUAUCAGUUGAUGAUGCUGGAGUUAUUGCUUCCACUAUAAAGUUUAAUUGUGAAUUGAAUUUAUUUGAUUUGAGAGAUAUACCAUUGCUCCCGGGGUCGAAGGUUCUUGUACACUCGGGCGGCCAAGAAAGACCUGCAGAAAUAACCCAGUUUCUUUACUUGAUUGAUAGUGAAAAGAAAAAGAAAAAGAAAAAGAGAAUUUUGCACUUAGGCUCUUACAAGAGGGCAGUUGUGGAAGUCAAGCUAAUAGAUGAAAGCACUAAGUUACCAAGACCAAUUCCUUUAAUGACAUUUGAAAAUGAUGAAAGAUUGGGAAGAAUUGUCUUUAGAAGGGAUGGAAUAACCAUUGGUGCCGGUAAAAUUUUAGAACUUUUAUGA